UUUUAAGGAAAACUGUAUUUUUCCUCCUGAGGACUUUGUGACAACUCCGGCUGUGAGAAUGCGGCUGAAGUCUGUAGUUGGAUAUCUUGUCUGGAGUUUGAUUAUCCUUUGGAAUGUUUGUGACUGUGUUCAAACUCAUCAGGACGCGAAUCACCCGCGAGGCACUGAGACCGUAAUCAACCUCUUGAAGGCUCAAAAUGUCACUCACUCUCAACGGUUGGUAUCUAAGGCCAAAGGUCGUGACCCAGAGAUGCCGGCCUGGCGUUUCCGUUCCCGCACGCCUCAUCUCACGCUACCCCAGGACUUAUCUGACUACCUCUUUAGCACCUCACAGGGUGUCUUGGGUUUGCACCUAGUGGGACGGCAAACCAAAGGCUCGGAGGCCACUCUCAUCUCCUUCAUCUCCCCUGCCCACCUGCAGCAUGACGGACGCCCCCUGCUGGAGCUUGUCUCCAACACCAAAGAAAACUGGCUGCAGUUGGAGUUCAGGUCAGCGAAUGGCCAGCCGGAAGUGAUUAAGCUGCCGGGUGGGAAUCCGUUAAUAGCCGGUGGUUGGGUGAGGAUGGCUCUGAGUGUGGAGCCCAGACAGGUGGUGAUGUUUUUGGAAUGCAACGAGGCUGUGGUGCUCAAACUGAAAGAAGGUGGACGAAUCCUGACUCUAGACCUCCCACACGAUCUGCAGGUUACGUUCUCCAGCACUGCAGGAAAUAAGGCUAGCAAGUUCAAUGGUAUUUGGCAGACUGCUGAACUCUCCACAAGGGCAUAUGAGAGGCGUCCGUGGAUCUGUGACAAUUUAACAGACUCCCUUCCUGACACAGCCCAAACAACCAGUCCCACUGUAUCAGCAGUCUCAGACCUGGAUAUGAUGCAAGACCAGGGAGACCAUGGAGAUGAAGUAGCAUUAAGUCAAAGAUACCCCAGUGAUUCAUAUUUGCGUUUUGGUCAAAUGGAGAGCAACCUGCAUAACAUGAUGACCAUGCUUGACAUGCUAAAGAAACAGAACACUGACCUGCAGGCGAGGAUUGAUCACUUGCAAACAUAUGAUCAUGCGAAACAAAAGUGUGUUUAUGAAGGACGUCAGUUGGAUGAGGGGUAUCGCUGGUCUUCUGACAGCCGUACCAGCUGUUCCUGCACCAAUGGACAAGUUCAGUGUAAUCGCUUAAGUGAAUGCAGCUUUCAUGGCAAUAUCUACAAAAACGGCGAUGUCUUCAGCCCAGACGACUGCAACCGCUGUACGUGUAAGCGUGAAAGAGUAGAAUGUGAUGUGAAUCCAUGCCCAUCACAGUCUUGUGAGGAACCGUCUGUUCCUAAGAGAUCAUGCUGCCGUGACUGCCAAACAAAAUGUAAACAUGAAGGUCAAAUUUAUGAGAACGGUGAUGUGUUUGUGUCGAGAUCAAACCCUUGCCUCAACUGCAAAUGCUCUAACAGUCAGGUGUCGUGUAAUCCCAUUCAGUGUCCAAACACCCCGUGUCCCAACCCCUACUGGAGACGUGGGGUGUGCUGCCCUACCUGCUCUGCAUGUGAUGUGGACGGUCGGCCGUACAAAGGCUCUUUCAGCACCGUUGAUGGCUGCCAGUCCUGUAUAUGUCAGGGUGGGAAACAGGCAUGUGUAAAUGUGCAACAGUGUCCUCAAACGUGUCAAGAUGGUGUGAAGCCACCGUUUGGCUCCUGCUGCAGAGAUUGUUCCCGCUGUAUCUUUAAGGGGGAAGUUGUCCUAAAUGGCGUCUCUUUUCAACCCCCCCGUGACCCCUGCAGACGCUGUGUGUGCAAUGAAGGGAAUAUAGCCUGUGAGACUCAGUCAUGUCCUACAUCUCCUUGUCGUUUGGUGGAGACUGUAGGUGGGCAGUGCUGUCCCAGGUGUCGAAGUUGUGUCCAGGACAAUGUGUGGCACCUGCACGGCUCUCAGUGGAAGCUUCCUCAUGACCCCUGCACGACCUGUACAUGCACGGAGGGUAAGGUUCAGUGUGUGAGUGUAAGAUGUCAUGUCCCCUGUAAGAACCCAGCCUCUCCACCCCCUGGAUCCUGCUGUCCUGUCUGUGACGGUUGUAAUGUGAAUGGAAGGGACAUCCCGAAUGGGAUGAGUUUGCCACCAGGACCACCGUGUGAGGGCAGAUGUGUAUGUGAGAAUGGGAAUAUUAAUUGCGUUCGGUACCCCUGCCCACCGACUCCCUGUCAGAAUCCUGUGAGGAGACCAGGAGAAUGUUGUGAACGAUGUGAGGAGUGCAGAUAUGAGGGUGAUGUAUACUCAGACGGUCAAACCUUCAUAUCCAGACAGGAUCCGUGCUUGAAAUGUCAGUGCUCGAAGGGUAACGUGAGAUGCCGCCAGGAAAGAUGCCCACCUAUAAAAUGUCCAGUCCCCACUCCCACCAAUCCUAAUGUCUGCUGCCCAGAGUGCAGAGGAUGUAUAUGGAAUGGUGUUCAAUAUGAGGAAGGUGCCGCCUGGACUGAUGCUGGCCAGAGUUGUUCUUGUGUGAGGGGGCAGGUGACGUGUAGUCCCAAACCCCCGUGCAACAACCCCUGUGCACCGACCCCCAUGCCCUGCCCAACACCCAUGCAUCCAGGUGGUGAGUGCUGUGGCUCCUGUGGGCAGUGCCAGUACAAGCAGCGUUUUUAUGAAAAUGGCCAAACAUUCAAGGACCCGGAGGAUCCCUGUGUGACGUGCCACUGUCGGGACGGUCAGGCAUUGUGUGGUAUGGCAAGCUGUAUUGGAGUGACGUGUUCUAAUCCAUACACUCCCCCUGGAGAGUGCUGCCCCCGGUGUCUAGGAUGUAUAUGGAAUGGUGUUCGAUAUGAGGAAGGUGCCGCCUGGACUGACGCUGGCCAGAGUUGUUCUUGUGUGAGGGGGAAGGUGACGUGUAGUCCCAAACCCCCAUGCAACAACCCCUGUGCACCGACCCCCGUGCCCUGCCCAACACCCACCCCUCCAGGUGGUGAGUGCUGUGGCUCCUGUGGGCAGUGCCAAUACAAGCAGCGUUUUUAUGAAAAUGGCCAAACGUUCAAGGACCCGGAGGAUCCCUGUGUGACGUGCCACUGUCGGGACGGUCAGGCAUUGUGUGGUAUGGCAAGCUGUAUUGGAGUGACGUGUUCUAAUCCAUACACUCCCCCUGGAGAGUGCUGCCCCCGGUGUCUAGACUGUGAAUAUGAAAACCGAAUCAUUACUAAUGGUGGUACAUUUCCGAAUCGUGAGAAUCAAUGUGAGGAUUGUGUUUGCACUGAUGGACAUGUGGAAUGUGGGAAUCGCGAGUGUCCAAAGCUGAAAUGCAACAAUCCCCAGCUAGGGACGUGCUGCCAAAACAACUGCAAUGGAUGUAGAUAUGCGGGUAAUGAGUAUCCAAAUGGAAUGGAAUUUCCACAUCCAGUAGACAAAUGUAGGACGUGCCGUUGCACCAAUGGUAAUGUCCAGUGUCUGAUGAAGCGAUGUCCAGCGGUGAAUUGUGCUGAUUCGUUCAUUCAGCCAGGAGAGUGCUGCCCCCAAUGUCCAGCACCCCCUGCUGACUGCUAUGUUGAAGGACAGCGUUACAGACACAUGCAGCAGUUCUACCAUCCUAUUAACAGAUGUCAAUUAUGCUCCUGCACCAAUGGGAUGAUGAGAUGCCAGCACAGGCCCUGCCCCUCUGCCACCUGCUCUCAUCCCAUAAUUCAAGAGUGCUGUCGCACAUGUGAUGGUUGUCUGUAUAAUAAGAAGGAACACGCUAAUGGCGCUACAUUUGAGGAUACAUCAGACCCAUGCAGGACGUGUGUUUGUCGUGACGGGACAGUCACAUGUAACCGUAAACAAUGUCCGUGCACCGCCUGUCCUUUCCCUGUACAGGGCAAGUGCUGCCCACAAUGCGAUGGGUGCAUGUAUGGUGGUGUGAAGUACCAGAAUGGUCAGGAGUUUGCAGACCCUGCUGAUCACUGUGGUCAAUGCAUGUGCAGGAAUGGUCAUGUGACCUGCAAAAAGAGGAAAUGUCGCAACCCGGGAUGUAGUUACCCCGUCAUUCGGCCGGACCAGUGCUGUCCUGUGUGUGAUGGCUGUCAGUUUGAGGGAAGAGUUUAUGCAGAUGGUGAGACAUUCCAAUCACCCAAAGGAUCAUGUCAGGAGUGCAGGUGCUCUAGAGGUGAGGUUCAGUGCUGUCCUAAAAGCUGUCCCAAGGUCUCCUGCCCUAACCCUUGGCGGGACCCCUGCACAUGCAAUGUGUGUGAAGGCUGUCUAUACCGCGGUCGCAAAUGUGGAAAUGGAGAACGCUUCCCUAAUCCCAAUGAUCCCUGCCAGGGCUGUAUUUGCCUGAAUGGAAGUGUAUCAUGUACACCCGUGUCUUGUCCGGAAGCACCCUGCAAGAGGCCAGUGCGUCCUCCAGGUGAGUGCUGUCCUGUGUGCACAGGGACAUGUGAACACCUGGGCCAGGUGCAUGAGAAUGGUGCCACAUUCACCCCCCCCAACGACCGCUGCUCUACCUGCAUAUGCCAGAGUGGAGAUGUGUUCUGUGAGAAGAAGUUGUGUUCUCAGCAGUGCACACAUCCGGUGCACUAUAGGAACUGUUGUCCGGUAUGUGAUGACUGUCUGUUUGAAGGGCAGAAGUACGGAAACACACAGACGUUCUACGUCCCCUCGGACCCCUGCAAGCGCUGCGUGUGUCAUAGUGGCUCUGUUACAUGCACCAUGGUUGCCUGUCCUGUGGUUUCCUGCCAGAACCCCGUCACCCCACCGGGACAGUGUUGCCCACAGUGCAGAGUAUGUGUUCAACAAGGUCAGGAGUAUGAAGAAGGACAGAGCUUGACCCUCCACCCCACUGACCGCUGCUUAAACUGCACCUGUGUGGGUGGUGAGGUGAGCUGUGUAGGUCCUCAGUGCGUUAAACUGACCUGCAUGCAUCAGGUCACUGAUCUCGGCUCCUGCUGUCCCCGUUGCAGAGGCUGUUUUUAUGAUGGCGUCGAGCACCUUGAAGGCAGUACCUGGUUUCCGUCCAGUGGUCCCUGCAUGUCCUGUAUGUGUGUGAAUGGAGUGACCACCUGCUCAGAGGUCCACUGUCUCUCCACCUGUCUAAUCCAGAUCAGCGUGCCGGGGGAAUGUUGCCCAGUGUGUGCAGACUGCGUGUUUGAAGGCCAUGUGUACAGCCCUGGAGAGAGUUUCCACCCUUCUGGUGACCCCUGUCAGAUCUGCACUUGUGAGGUGAUGCCAGACAGACAACAGCACUUGCGCUGCUACAGGAAGCAGUGCCCCAGUCUGGUGGACUGUCCUAAACACAAUAUCCUAUACAGCGGCUCUGACUCCUGCUGCCCUGUCUGUGCACAGCCCCUCAGUAACUGUACAGCUAGCCUGAUCGGUAAUGAAGUGUUGGCCACUGAUGAUCCCUGUUUCACUUGUCAGUGCAAGGAUUUGACGUGGACGUGUAUUCAUCGGGGCUGCCCUCCUCUUAGCUGCCCUCCAGAUGAUCAGCACACACCCCCUGAUACCUGCUGCCCCAUCUGUGACAAGUGUGUUUUAGAGGACGACCAAACCCAUGUGCCAAACGGCCAGAGAUGGACAGACAAGGAGAACGAGUGUAUCACCUGCAUCUGCAAUCAAGGGCACAUCGAGUGUGAUCUGCAGGAGUGUCCUCCGCUUGAUUGUCCGGAUGGAUCAGUCAAAGUGAAGAACCCUGGGAAGUGCUGUUUAGAGUGCAAAGGCAUCACAGCUGUAGUGCACUCCAUAGACACCGAUGCUCAGUGUGUGUACGAGGGACAGGUGUACAGCCACAAUGACCACUGGGAGGUGGACGAGUGUACGUCCUGCACCUGUGUGUCCAGAGAUGUGCACUGCCAAACCCAGAGAUGCCCAACUCUCACAUGUGCCUCGGAUGAAACUCCGGCUCUGGUUCCUGGAAUGUGUUGUCCUCACUGCAUUCCCCACCCCGCCACCUGCAUUGUGUUUGGAGACCCUCACUAUCGAACAUUUGAUGGAAAGAUGGUGAACUUCCAGGGGACGUGCACAUAUGUUCUGGCUCAGGACUGUGAGGGCGGAGACUUCAGUGUCCAUGUGUCUAAUGAGGACCGGGGACGUAAGGGAGUGUCAUGGACCAAAGAAGUGACUGUGUUUAUUGGACAUGUUGUUGUGCAGCUGUUUCAAGACUGGAUUGUCAAGGUUGAUUAUCAACCCGUCUCCCUGCCAUUUCUUAAAGAGCCGUAUGUUUACCUGGAACGCAAGACCAACACCAUCCUCCUGAACACCAAUGUUGGGCUGAAGGUGUUGUGGAAUGGCCGGUCUCAUGUGGAAGUUAGUGUUCCUGGUACCUACAAGAAGCACAUGUGCGGUUUAUGUGGCAACUUCAAUAACUACCCUCAGGACGACAUGAAACUUCGCAACAGACAAAUCGCCAAAUCUGAAGCAGAUUUCGGAAACAACUGGAAGGUGGGCAGUGGAAAUCCAAGUGUUCAUUGUUCUGAUGUGAAAAACAUUAAUCCAUGUAAGGAGGCUGGAUACUCCGCCCGUAAGACUGCAAACGCUCGCUGCGCAGUGCUGAAGUCGCCCAUGUUUGAGCGGUGUCAUAAGGUGGUGCCACCCAAGAUGUUCUUUGCUUCAUGUGUGUAUGAUCUGUGCGCCUGCGGGUCCAAUAUGGACGAGUGUUUGUGUGACGUGUUGGAGGCUUACUCGUCCCAGUGCCGUGAGGCCGGGAUUAUCCUGCAGUGGAGGUCGCCGACACUCUGUGCCAUGGGUUGCCCGCUGGACCGUGGUUAUGUGUUUGAUGAGUGUGGGCCACCGUGUCCUAAGACGUGUUUUAAUAAAGACGUGCCACUCGGUGUGAUCGAGGCUCACUGCUUUAAACCCUGCGUACCAGGAUGCCAGUGUCCCGCUGGACUGGUAGAACACAACUCCCACUGCAUCGUCCCUGAGAAAUGCCCUAAAAUUAUCCAUGGCAAUCUUGGAGACCCUCAAACUGAGGAGUCAAAACGCAAAUUGUUUGUCUACAAGGUCUAAAUCUCACUGAAUCUUGUUUUUAAUUAUCCCUGAGAUCUGAUUAACUAAAACAAGUAAAUUUGCAUUAAGAUUCAUUAGUACACAUUAUUUCGUAUAAAAAACAUUUGUAAUUUUUAUCAAAACUUGCUACUUUUCAGCUGACAUCAUAAAUCCUUCUUAGUUAUCAACCCUUGUCUUUCCAACAUCUGCCUCCACUUUUCACAAUCCAAUAAUUUCCUGAUGGAUAAAAAGUCCCAUCCUACAUUUUUCUCAUUGAAUAUCCUGUUGCACUCAGAAAUACAUCAGAUCACAAUGAGUUGCAAAUGGAGUUUUGUAUUGACUUUAAAAUGCUUGAGCUUAACGCACAUUUAAUUUUUACUUUAUAGCUCAAACCACUUAUACAAUCCUCUACUGUAUACUGCAUUUAGUUUUUUUGUUUGUUUGAUUGAUUGAUUGAUUGAUUUAUUGGUGCUACUGUUUGUAAGUGUUUCUGUGUUAACCUGGAGCUAAACAUUAUCAGUUAACCAUCCACUGAUAGGAAGAUAUUUGAGCCAACUGGACAAAUUCAGGAAAAAUUUCCUCUUAAUUUUACCACAGAUGCAAGGAGGAAAAAGCAUUUAGCAUGAUUGCUUGCCAUAAAAGAUCAUGGACUUUUCCUCUUCAGUUUGAUAUUUUUAAACAAAUUAAUGAGUUAACCAAAAUGACAAAUCUGCAUAGUUUUUGUUUUUUGCACUGUUUUUGAUGGGCCUUUUUUGUUGUUGCACUGGUGUUGUGAUUUAAUUUUUUUUCACUCUCUUUAAAUAGAGAGUUUUAUAAGCAAUGUUAUUAUACUUGAUAAUUUUAUUUACAAUACUGACAGUGAAUCUAUGUAAAAGUAGAAACACAAAAUGAGCUUGUAUGUUAUAUUCAUCAGGUGCUUUGACAUUUAUCAGUAUAUGUCAUAUGUAAUGUAUUCUCAUAUUUACCGUAUGUCCCGUUAUUACACCAAAUCUCACCUUCA